UCUUGCAUUGGCUAUCCACCGUGUAGAAGCGCUAGGUGAGCUGCUGCGAGAGCACGUGCCCCGGCAUCCUCUGUAACGGUCACAAAACACUAAACGGUGAACUGAUGAUGAGAGCAAGCGCACUGGACACUGCCGGACAUAGCCUUGGAAGAUUUGUUUUCUUUUUUUAACCACUUUUCCACGCAGGCAUCCGUCACAGACAGACUGACUGAUUGAAGACAUUAGGCUACCUUUUGGAGGAUGUUGGUGGAAUUGGAGGUUUCGGGAUGCUGUGAGCCCGGUUCGGAGUAGCGCUGGUUCGGGGUUUCCUUUCGUGAGCAAAGAGAGGACACUUCUCUCUGAUGUGCGUAACUACAAUCAGCUAAGUUACGCGCUCGUAUUUUCUGAUGCGAGAGAGACUUCUCGCUACAUUUUAAGUGGACCGCAAGUGUAAAAAGGAAGAAUUUUAAGGAGAAACACAGAGCUGAUAGCGGAAAAAAGGGACUGUUUUUUUAUUUUAUUUUAUAUAUAUAUAUAUAUAUAUAUAUAUCGACAGGAUUGCGGUGGUGCUGCUUGACUUGAGGUGUGGACAGGGAAAGCGGCUCUCCUUCCGACUCCAUCACUCAAGACUUUUACUGAGAGGAGUCAUUACCCAUUAAGCAACAGACUGACGAUGUGCCAGAGCGCCAGUGCGAUGUGGUCACGGUGGAGUGCCACGCUAGUGUGGAUUGUGCUUCUCCUCUGUUGCUCUGCUAGUUUAGUCAACACCAUCACCUACCAGGUUACCGAGGAGCAGCCGCCCAACACUCUGAUUGGCAGCUUGGCAUCUGACCAGGGCCUGCCAGACACUGGCCACCUUUACAAGCUCGAAGUGGGUGCUCCUUACCUUCGUGUGGAUGGCAAAACAGGGGAUAUCUACACCACGGAGAUCCCAAUCGAUCGUGAGACUCUCAAGGACUGUGGCAACCUUUUUGAGGGUGAUCCUUGUUUCCUGGAAUUUGAGGUGUCUAUUACAGACCUGAUGAAAGGCACAGGACCUCGGCUUAUCGAAGGCCGCAUUGAGAUCCUGGAUGAGAAUGACAACACACCGCAGUUCUCUUCACCCGUUCUUACAUUGUCGAUCCCUGAGAACACACAUGUGGGUGCACUUUUCGCCAUUCCGGUGGCCAGUGACAAGGAUUCUGGAAGCAAUGGCAUCGCUGAUUACGCACUAACGACAGGCCCUGAAGCUGCCAACCUUUUCAGCCUGCAGGUGGCACAAGACUCAGAUGAGAAAUUGCCACAACUCAUUGUAUUGGGUAAUCUGGACAGAGAGCAGCGAGAUUCAUAUGAUCUCAACAUAAAAGUGGUUGAUGGUGGCUCCCCACCUCGCCAGAGUAGUGCCCUGCUCAGGAUCACCAUUACAGAUGCCAACGACAAUGUGCCCAAAUUUGAGAAGUCACACUACGAGGGUGAGCUGCCAGAAAACAGCCCAGUUGGUCAUUCUGUAUUGCAAGUUAAGGCCAAUGACUCUGACAUGGGGCCAAAUGGAGAGGUGGCCUACAGCAUUCACCAGGCAUCACCAGCAGUCCAAAGGCUUCUAAGCAUUGACCGCAACACAGGCACAAUUUUUGUUAAAGGCUUAGUGGAUCGUGAAGAAAUUGGCAUGCUCAAGUUCUAUGUCCAGGCUAAAGACAACGGUCCCCAAUCCAAGAGCUCCAAAGCCCUUGUGACCAUUACAGUAAAAGACCAGAAUGACAAUGCACCCUCCAUCAGAAUCCGGGGCAUUGGCCUUGUGACGCAUGAAGAUGGUGUUGCUAACAUAUCGGAGGACAUGCCUGUUGGCACAGCUGUGGCUCUGGUGGAGGUAUCUGAUCGUGAUGAGGGUGAGAACGCUGUUGUGACCUGCGUUGUCGCAGGGGAUGUCCCAUUCCAGCUGCGUUCAGCUAGUGAAACAGGUAACGACCGCAAGAGGAAGUACUUCCUUCAGACAACCACACUUCUGGACUAUGAACAGAUCAAAGACUACAGGAUCGAAAUUGUGGCAGUGGACUCUGGAAACCCUGCACUCUCCAGCACAAACUCCCUGAAAGUGCAAGUGACGGACAUGAAUGAUAACUCCCCAGUCUUCUCACCCACUUUGUAUGAGGUAGAAUUUGCAGAGGAGAACCAGCCUGGUGACAAGGUUCUGGAUGUAGUAGCCACUGAUGCAGACAGUGGGACAAAUGCAGAGUUGACAUACAGUAUAACUGGUGGAUCAGUCCCUGAGGGCCUUUUUGAAAUUAACCCUAACACAGGAGAAGUAAGUGUCAUGAGCCAGUUGGACCGUGAACAGUUAGAUCACUAUCAAUUUCUGGUUGCAGCAGCUGAUAAAGGUGUGCCAAGUUUAAGAGGAACAGCCACUGUUGUUGUUAAGGUGCUCGACAGGAAUGACAAUGAUCCUAAAUUCAUGCUGAAUGGUUAUAGCUUCUCAGUCCAAGAGAACAUGCCACCCCUUAGUCCAGUUGGAAUGGUAACUGUUAAUGAUCAUGAUAAGGGUGAGAAUGCUCAUGUUCAACUCUUUGUAGAACCAGACAAUGGCAAGUUCAUGAUUCAAAAUGGAACAUAUACCAUCCUUUCAACCAUUUCAUUUGACAGGGAAAAGGAAAGCACCUACAGUUUCCGACUUAAAGCUGUGGAUGGAGGUGACCCACCACGUUCCUCCUAUGUUGGCAUUACCAUUAAUGUUCUUGAUGAGAAUGACAAUGCUCCAUACGUCACCAAGCCCUCCAACUCCUCAUACAAGUUCUUGGAUCCCCGGACAAGCCCGGAAACUCAUGUAGAACGCGUUGAGGCAGAGGACAUUGACAUUGGUUUAAAUUCUGAACUGGAGUUCAGUAUCACAGGGGGAAACCCCCAUGGAUUGUUCCGCAUCUCUUCAGAAGGUGAGAUUACAUUGGCUAAAGAGUUCACACCCAAACACAUUGGUCUCCACCGCUUGGUGGUAAGGGUUAAGGACAGAGGCUCACCACCACGCCAGACAACCGCACUGGUCCACAUCUAUGUGAAUGAAACAAUCGGCAAUGUCUCCCACGUUGAAGGACUUGUUGGACACAGUUUGUAUACACCACUUGAAAUGGACAUUGCUGGGGAUCCUGAUUACUCUCGGGACCCACAUAGUAACAUUCUCUUUGGAAUCUUGGGUGGCUUUUCGGUAGUUAUUCUGAUCAUUGUGGUGGCGAUGGUUAUCAGGCAUGUAGUGCUGAAGGAGAACAAAAGUGGCUACCAGGCAGGCAAGAAGGAGACCAAAGAUCUCUAUGCACCCAAACCAGGGCCUAAGAGCAACAAGAACAAGAAGGCUAAGAAAAGCAAAGCUCCAAAGCCUGCCAACCCAUCUGAAGAAGAUGAGGGGGCAAGCCUUCAGAAAGGCUUAAAGUUCAACCUCAUGAAUGAUGGUGUCAGUGAUAGCCCUAGGAUUCAUCUGCCACUCAACUAUCCCCCAGGGAGCCCAGACCUGGGGCGACACUAUCGGUCUAAUUCUCCUCUGCCAUCCAUUCAGCUUCAACCUCAGUCACCUUCUGCCUCAAAGAAACACCAGGCUGUGCAGGACCUUCCAGCCACCAACACCUUUGUUGGAACCGGCGACAACAACUCAACAGGCUCAGACCAGUAUUCGGAUUACAGCUACAAGGCCAACCCUCCAAAAUAUAGCAACAAACAGCUCCCGCAUCGUCGAGUGACCUUCUCUACAGCCAAUCAGGCGCAAGACCUGCACGAUCCCUCUCAGCACAGUUACUACGACAGUGGUCUGGAGGAGUCGGAGACACCCAGCAGUAAGAGUUCUUCAGGACCCCGUAUCGGGCCCCUGGCCCUUCCCGAAGACCAUUAUGAGCGCACCACCCCUGACGGCAGCAUCGGAGAGAUGGAACACCCCGAGAACGAUCUGAGGCCACUUCCUGACGUGGCCAUGACGGGAAAAUGCACGCGUGAAUGUACGGAAUUUGGACACUCUGAUUCCUGCUGGAUGCCCGGACAGCCCUCACCCAACCGCACCAAGAGUGCCAAUAGUGGGCCCAAGCUCUCCACCUUUGUGCCUUACCAGGAAAGGGAGGGUCAGGAGCGUCUUAUGGGUGACAGCAGCUCCAAGCCUCUGGGAGAAGAGCGGAAUGGAGGUGGGAGCAAUAAAGUGUCCAGCAUUCGCUUUCUGCCACCCUACACUAGUGCCUAUUCUGCAGGUGGCGACGCCGACAAGGACUACCCACUGGAUGAGAUCCCCUUAAGUCAGACAGCCGAUUACGCCCCUGCAGCCACACCCUCAAGCCAAGGCUCCAAAAGAGAAAUCUACCUGUGAAUCAUCUGUUGUUCGUCUGGGUUCGGUUUCACAUUUGAUCCAAUUUACUUGUGAUCAGUAAUGCCUGUGAGAGGAUAAAAGGCCUUGUUGUCAAAACACCUGCUAAAUCUACUACACCAUCAGACCCCAAUUUACACAGACUGUCACAACAUGCAUCUCCAAUCCCCUCAGCCAAAAGCCUAAUGGCUGACACAACACAGCUAGAGUCCUUCUUCAAAACCAUGCACAUUGUUAGAGGCUCUGGAAGCCAAAUAGAAAGAUGAAAGAAUAAAAUACUGAAAAACCAAAAAAAUAAAUAAAUAAAAAAAAACAAACAAAAAAAAAAAAAACAUUUUGAUGAAUACAACAAGAACACAUCCUAGUGUAAACUUCGUAUUAAAGAAUGUAAGGACAAUUUUUAAGUGAACUUUGUGAUAAUUUAAUGUCAUGGGAAUAUUCCUUUUGGAUUGAAUGUUUUUAUUUAUUUUUUAUUUUUUAUUUUUUUUGCUGACUUUUGUUAUAUAUACUGUAUAUAUACAUUAUAUAUAUUACUUCUGAUUCAGACUGUAGUUAUGCUUACCUAAAACAUAUACACUGAGCUACACAUACGAGUUGUUCCACUUUUUGUUUGUUUCUUUUAUUUGUUUUUCUGUGUGUAUAUAAGUGCGUAUGUAUCCCCACUAAGAACUUUUGAACUUGAGAAGAACUGGAAAACCAAAUUCUGGCAAUCCAAUGGGGAACGUUACGUUUUCGCACACUUUAUUAAAGAAAGAACAUAUUCACCAUUCUUUAAGCACUGAAGGGUAAAUGUUUCUUAUAUUUGUCUUUUUCAUAGAUACUCUUUUCUUAAAGUAAAGUGAUGUAAAUAGUACACACUAAUGAAGGAACAGUUUUGAUUUUACUUGUACAGAACUUCGAAGCUCCAGCUUCAUCCUUGUUGAUAGUAGAAUAGUAUUUGCCUCCCUGUCAGUAUUGGAAGGAUAACAGCUUUGGACCACAGACUGCUAAAGAUAAUCCAUAGCAGGAGCCUCAGCUGUCUUAUACGUGACUCGAGUGAACAUACGUUGGGGCAAAAUCAAGGGAAGCCCAUGGAUUUCAGCAAGUUUAUAUUAUGUGAUUUGUCAUUUUUGAAAAGUUGCCAUUGCCCCAUGAUGGUCUUCAUCAGUUCCCAACGGAGGCCUUGUGGAAGCAUAGCUGGCUCUCACUCUAACUGUUCUUUGUAACACUCCCAUAUUUCAUCAAAAGACUGUUGUGGGAUCUUGAGGAGCCAAAGCCCAUUGGAAGAGCUUUGUUCAACCAUCCCAUCCUUAGGGAGGAGCAACAACUUUUUACCAUAAACACUGAACUAUCCAUGUACAGUGCAAUAGCCUACUCGUUUUUAAACAUGUCAAACUUAGUUGUGUAGAUUUGUGGUUGUACCAGAGAUUCUUUGAGCACUUCUCUAUGGUGGGUCCGAUCCUGACAGAAAUGAAUGCGCUCAAGAGGUAAAAAGAGGUAAGUUCAAAAAUAGUGACUACAGAACAUUUCUAGUAGAAAAUAUGGGUUUGACCACAUUCAAAUUGUAUUCAACAUAUCCAAAAUACUAUAGGAUCUCAAGAUUCUGUUUUAAGUGUGCUUUGACCCUACAUUACACGACUCCUGCAGUGAGCUUAGGAACAGAUUUAAGCUUGCCUACAUUGUGUUAAAGGAAUAGUUCACCCAAAAAAUGAUAAUUCUCUCAUCAUUAAUUUACCCUUAUUUUGUCUAAACUCGUAAGCCUUUUUCUUCUUCCCCUGAACACAAACAAAGAUAUUUUAAUGGAGACGUCUGUUUGUCCAUACAAUUCAAGUGAAGCGAUCCAAACGAGUUUGAAUGGGAACAGACCAAAAUAUAACAUCUUUUUCACUGUACAUCCUGUCAUUUCAGUGAAAAAGGAGUUAUAUUUUGGUCUGUUCUGAAGAUAGUUGUAGAUGGUGGGCCCUGGCACCGCCCCUGCUCAAAGCCACAUUGGCCUAAAUGGGGCAGUUUCCUGAGAUGAGAUAAUUGACACAUCUGAAAGCGGGGCUUUCAGGAAGAGUUUACUGGAAGUUCUUUUAGGGCUGUUAUUAAUAGCGGCUGAUGGUAACAGGGAUUGCUUCAGAGGCAAUGCAGGUCAGCGAAAGCUAUAAUGAGCAUUAGAGGCCUGAGCUACACACAAUAAGUGCACUAUAAUUUACACCAUGUCACACAGUUAAGUCACCACUUAAAACCGGCUCUUCACCUCCGGUGAAGUGAAGCCAGAUUUUGCUGUUAACUCUGUAGGUGUUGAUUCAACACAGGUUUACUGUGUACAUGGAUGUGCUGAGGUGUCUCUGGGGUUUAAUAUUUGAUGAAAAAGCCUCCUUUUUAAAAAACAUCUUAUAAGUAAUUAAAAGCAGAAAAAUUACCCAACACUAAAAACUGUUGUUUCAAGUGAGAGCUACGUUUGGUAUGACACUUUAAGCAUUGCACUUCCUUUCAUGUGUGUGGAUUUAUUUAGUUCACAACUGACCCCUUGUUUGAGCACUAGCAGAAUGACGAUAGAUCACUAUAAUGUCCCUCUAAAGUAAACAAGAUAUUUUUCCUGCUGUCGGGGUCUUUGGUCCCUGUGUUCCUCGACGUCACCUUUGGAUAAACAUUGCUGAGCUCACCGCAGCCAAGGGGCAGACUAGGGGAGAAAUCAAGUGCCCUCACCUGGUCUUUCCUUCCAAAAAUAAAAGUACCGGUUUGGGCACAUCAACACUCUCUCACUGGUGUUGCAGGGGUUUUAAAAGGAUAGUUCACCCAAAAAUCUAAAUUCUAUAAUUUACUCACCCUUAUGUUGUUCCAAAAUGCAUUUGAUUUUAUUUCUUCCGUGAAACAUAAAAGGAGACAUUUAUAAGAAUGUACUAGUCGUUUUAUCCAUGCAAUUAUAUACAGUAGCCGCAUUUCCCCUAUCGGGCCAAAUUAGGGCAUGCUAGUGGAUGCCAAUGCCAGUUGCAUUCCAACUGUCACUUCCAGGGCUUCAUCGUGCCUCCUCAGGGCUUCUUCAGGGCCAAUGGCCAAGCACCUUUGGCCCGCCGAUUACCCUUAGGCCGAAGUAGGCCAACUGGUGAUUGAAGCUGGGUCAAUGUCAAAGGCGAAGUUUUGCUUAGUCAGGUCUCUCUUUUCACCAAGCAAAGAACAAAAUAAGCAAACAAAUGGCAGCUUCAGUCUCCACCAUGUUCAUUUGGAAGGCUAGCUAGUCUCCAGAGUCUGAUACCUCAGUUUGAGCUUCCCUCUUGCUUGUGAAAUGGGCAGGGUGUGUAAUGUUGUCACCAGGGCAGCGUAUUAAGGGUGGGUUUAGGGCAACGCUAAGUAUGACUUGAUCAUUAAGACUGGAACAGCCUGAUUUGUAAAUUAAUCAUUUAGACUUAUUUUGUGAACUGGAUCAACAGAUUUAUAGAAAAGUUUCAAAAACAUGAUUUGCUCCCAAAUCCAACAUUGUUAUUUCUCACAUGAACUCUCAUGAAUGCACCGAUGAGAGCUAGGGUGAAUGUCAAGAUUUUCAUUGAAAAACAACUUAAAUUUCAGUCUGUUUCUCAUACAAAGCUAUUGUAUGGCUUAAAAAGACAUAUAUCAUGUUGUAUAUACUUAAUUUUACGGUUCCUUUCUGAACCUCGAAAGCUUCAGGGUCCAUUCUUUAUAAUUGCAGUAGAUUCCUCCAUUUCUUUUGUGUUCCUAGGAAGAAAGUCAAAUGGGUUUGGAACUAAACAAGGGUGAGUUACAAAUGAUUGAAUUUUCAUUUUUGGGUGAACUAUCCCUUUAAAUUUUCAUCAUCAUUAAAUCAUUAAUUGCACACACCGAUGUUGUUGUUUCAGUUCUUUUAAUCAUUCCAGCUACUACUGACCUCAGAGCUGAUUUCUGCAGUGACAACAGGCUGCUUGAGCUUCAUGAACCCAAAUGCUGCAUGACAGUUAGUCAGUCACUUGGUCUCACUGGGAAAACCUGGAGUUUAUCCCUGGAGAGCAACUGUCAGAUACAGCUAGGUCAAAUCAUUCGGAGUGUGAGUGCGCUCCUGUGUGUGAGUGCGAACAUCUUUGUGUGCACACCUCUGUAGUGUAACUGUGUAGAUACAUGGAGAGAUUUGCUCACUGCCUUUACAUUGGACACUGUGCAGAUAAUUUGAUGGAAAACAUUAUGACAAAUAACAUCUUAUACAAUGUUUAUCUUGCUUUCUUGUUGCCCUGUAAAGAUUUGUAAGCACAGUGUAUAAGGAGAAAGAUGGUCCACUGGGUCAGUCUUUUAUCACUGUACUAAAAUUUUAGCUGUUAGUUUGAUAUUUGGCAGCAAUAUAUUUUACUUUUCUGUGGGAUAUGUUCUGUUUUUUUUUUUUUAUUUAUUUUUUAUGUAGUUUCUUAACUCAAAUGGGGCUUUUCCACUAAAUGGUACAACUCGACUAGACUCUGCUCGCUUUUUGGGGGUUUUCCACUGUGGAUAGUACCUGGUACCUGGUACUUUUUUUAGUACCACCUCGGUUGAGGUUCCAAAUGAGCCAAGCCUAUACUAAAUGUGACGUCAAAACAUGCAGAUCAUUGAUUGGUCAGAGAGAAUUGUCACUACCAGCGUCACUGGAUUUGCGACACGGGACAUCAACCUGCUAGUUUUAAAGUUAGCAACAGCAAUAGCAGUAUCAUUUGUUCAUGCAACUUUCAAAUUGUACAAAGAAAUGGCUGUGCGCAAAACCACGCCGUGGUCAAUAAACGAGGUGCAGACGUUCCUCUCGUUAGUAGCCGAGGAGAGGAUCCAAUGAGAGCUGGAUGGGGCGACGCAACUAUGACGAUCAGCCUAUAAUCCCACCCAUGUUGAGACUGCACUAAACUGCAGUGGAAAAACAAGCUCAGAAAAGUAAAGCGAGCAGAGUCGAGUCGAACCGUGGAAGUGGAAAAGUGCAGUGGAAAAGUGCCAAAAGAGACCAGUGUUAAAUAAAAUCCCAUCUGUGGCUCAAAAAUAUAUACUCAACCAUUUUUGUUUAAUCGUUUGUGAGAAUUUGAAACAUUGUUACUCUGAACUGUUAUCUAAUGUUAUUUCAUACCAAACAUAAUCACUUAUUUGUUAGUUUUUUCCCCCAUUUUUUUCAGCUCUUUUAUACAUUCCACGCAACCUGGUUUUGUUUUGUGCAAUACAAAUGUGUCCUGCUUUCUCUCUUGUAUUAAAAAUCUUAGAGAAAAAUUCACAUUGCGAUAUACACAUUUAUUGAUUUUUUUUUUAAAGAUGUCCAACAACUGCACAGUGAUGAGCACAAUGUAAAUCACCUCUCUUUUUAGCCAACUCUAUUUUUGUCUUAUUUCGGGUUACCCAAAGCAGAUACUCUACAUAGCAUCUAUCCUUCUUUGGGUAUUUGGCCAUCUCAUGAACAAGCCCAGCAAUCAUUUUUUCGCAUUUUUAGCAAUGAUUUCAGGGCAAAAUCUGUGGAAUUCCAGUCAGUCGAUUUAAAUAAGCCGAAAUGUGAAAUCUUAUUAGUGACUGAAAGCGUGAUCAGAGUAGCCAGAAUAUUUAAUAAAAUUUGCAUGAAAGGAGCAGGGGUGCUUUUUGAAUGAUAGACAUUCCAGUUCUGUGGAAAUCUAUUGCACUUUCUACAGAAUUCUGUGGGCACAGAUUCUAUAUGGGCCUGCUCAUGACUGAUGUUCAAUUUCAUCCUACUGUAAGCUCUAUUUCAUUUGUGCUGAAUUGUUUGAUUACAUGCAAAUCAAUCAAAUCCAAUGAGACUUAAGAAUCAAUUAUUUUGCCUGACAUGUGGACUCAUUUUGGUGGAAAGCCAUCCACUGCAUUUGUCCAGGUAUUAGGAGUUAUGAACGAACAUGUCAUAAUGUUGUAAUGUCACCAUGCAUAAUGGGCUCACCAUGCAUCUCUGAGCAUAACAGAAGUAGAUAUAAACAGCAUCAUUCUAGCCCUGGAGAAAGAUUCAAAAUUAAACCAGUCAUUUAUUUUGCAAAGCAUUGGAUGAGUGUCUUCAAUACUUCAACUUUAGUCCUGAAAUGAACUGAGAACACUUAAGCGGUCUGUGGGCGUCUUCAUAAGAUCUCAAUAUUAAAACAUCCACACAAAGUAACUGAAGAACAGCCGCCAUUUAAAUAGAUCAAUACAGGAAGUAUGAGUUUGUAGCCUUAGUGUUGGUUAUAUUUAUAUUGAAACGCUUGUGAUGCCUUGUUUUCUUUGUACAGUUUUAUGUACAUGCUAAUAAUGUGGCUUUUCUGAAAAUAAAUUAAAAAAAUAACAUGUUGAAAAACAAAUCUAAAUUGUAAAAUAUUUUUCAAAGUAGAGUAUGUUAGAAUGGGAGUGGUUGGGGUGUUGGGUGCACAAAAUUGUUGUGCCCGUGUGUCUAAAAUGUCAUAAGUAACCAUUCACUGGCUUUGUCUUUUUUUUUUUUUUUUUUUUUAAGUUUUACUGUCUCCUUUGUCUUCUGUGGUGUUUGCAAAGCAGUGGCUUUUGAAGAGUUUUAGCCCUUAUUUGUGUCCAUUAUGUUCUUAUCAACAUCCGCAUGUUAAACACGAAGAGGAAGAAAAAAGAGAAGAAAAAAAACCUAUUGUCUUUUAUUUUUGCUGAGCAAAUCAAAGAAAUAAUAUCUUGUAAGUACUCCUUCCUUUACAAUAAAAUACAUUCAGUAAAAAUUGUUGUCCUUCAUGAGUGGUUUUAUGUGUCUUUGAUUAUACACAUUUCCUUUUAUUUCAUCAGGGAAAGUGCUUUGAAUGUGUUCCCUAUUUCAAGUCCAUUUUUUGGGGAACAAAAGUUCCACAUUGUAGCAUCUUGCAAAUGGCUAGAAGUAAACUUCCUGAUUCAGCAUGUCUCUGCUACCAGGAAGCUACUGAGAAGAUGUAAUUUCAUCUCUUGGCAGACCUGGCAGAGUUCAAACUUUCUGGAGGUUCCUCAGCUUGUACUUAAUGUGUGGCAUUUGUUCCUUGAGAGAAUAAAGCCCAGUUAACCCCAGUGGAUUUCUUAAAGUGCCAAUGCCACUUCCAAACAUGGGUUUCAUCGAUCGUCAUACACAUAUUCACUACAGGACCUAGGGUCCAAACACACAGACACUCAA